AUGCGUUCUACCGCCUUCCUUCCUUUUCUCAGCCUCCUGAGCAGUGCCUUUGCCGCUCCCGUUGCCACUGUUUUAGACUCUCGCGGAGAGGUUGGCCACGACGCUCUUAGUCCUCUCGCCCAGAAAGUUCAGGAUAACACUGUCGGCAAAGCCAUCGCACGAUUCAACCCGCUCCUCCACAUCGCUCAUGGCGGUGGCCUGAAACCCAGCGGCAGCUCUACUGGAGGCUGCAGAGACACCAGCAAGGGCCAGACCUACGCCAGAGGCACCUGGCACAACGACAAGUACGCCAUCAUGUAUGCUUGGUACUUCCCCAAAGACAUGCCAAACGAUGGCGUCUCCACCGGCUCACACAGACACGACUGGGAGAGCGUGGUGGUUUGGCUCAACGACCCCUCUGUUGCGGACCCGACGAUCCUGGGUGGAGCUGCUUCCGGUCACGGCGACUACAAGAAGUCGACUAAUCCGCAACGGGAGGGUGAUGGUGUGAAGGUGGAAUACUUCACACAGCUGUUACUGAACCAUGAGCUUCAGUUCACUGAUACCACCGGCAAGACAUACCCUGUCCUUGACUGGGACGCUAUGUCGACGAACAUGCAGACAGCUCUCAACAACACCGACUUUGGCAGUGCCAAUGUGCCUUUCAAGGACGAGAACUUCACCGAGAAUCUUGACAAGGCUUCUAUCUAA